AUGGCUACCAGACAGGCUCAAAAACGGUUAACGAAAGAGUAUAAAUCCAUGGUGGAAAAUCCACCACCAUUCAUUAUAGCACAACCUAACGAAGAUAACAUUUUGGAAUGGCAUUAUGUGAUAUCAGGUCCUCCAGAUACACCUUAUUCUGGUGGCCAGUAUCAUGGAACGCUUUUAUUUCCGUCCGAUUACCCUUUUAAGCCACCCGCAAUACGAAUGGUGACACCUAGUGGACGAUUCAAAGAGGACACUCGUUUGUGUCUUUCGAUGAGUGAUUAUCAUCCUGACACAUGGAAUCCGUCUUGGUCCGUAUCAACCAUUUUGACGGGUCUUUUAAGUUUUAUGACGAGCAACGAAAGUACAACGGGUGCGAUAAGUACUACUCCAGACCACAAGAAAAAAAUGGCCCGAAGCUCGAGAGAGUUUAACACAUUCAAAAACGCUCGGUUUAAAAAGGUGUACCCAGAUUUGGUGAAAGAGAAUUUGGCCCAUUUUGAGGAACUCAAGCAGAAAGGUGAACCAGAAGUCGGAGUUGCAGAUAAAGACGUGCUAGAAGAGGCCGCAAAGGAGCAAGCAAUAAAUUUAGCAGAUAUAACGGACCCGGAAGACAGAAUCAGAGUCGAGGAGCAACUUCUCAAGGCGCAAAAAGCCAGGGAAACGAAAAGUGAGAAUAACCGGUCCAAACUCUACAUUUUUUUCGCCGUUGCCCUGUUGCUUGCAGGAAUUAUCAUGAAAUAA